AUGGCUGGAAUGCAGUCGGAGCUCCAGAACCAGCCGGUGAUAUUCUCCAUACUGCUCCCUGCCCAGAAUGAUGGGAUGUACCCAGUAGCGACGCUGCCUCCUCUUCCUCCGCAACCAGUUGCCCUCAAGCAGUUUGAGCCCAUUUCUCUGUCCUCCCUAUCUGCUGCAGUCAGACAUCUGAAGCCCUCCAACUGCCCCUCUGACUGUCUACCCUCCCGCCUAUUCAAAGAUGCUACUGUCUUUGACUCGGUUGCCCCCUUCCUCCUACUUCUGGUCAACAGCAUCCUGUCCUCUGGCUGUGUCCCAGGUGCCUUCAAGCAUGCUGUGGUGCAGCCAUUACUAAAGAAACCUAACCUGGACCCCUCUACUCUCUCAAACUUCAGGCCAAUCUCCAAAUUACCCUUCCUGUCUAAAGUCCUUGAGCGAGAAGUUUAUGUCCAGCUGCAAUCAUUUCUUACCAAUAACAACAUCUUUGAGAAAUUCCAGUCCGGCUUCAGAACAGCCCACAGCACAGAGACUGCUCUCCUGAGAGUGCUAAAUGACCUGCUCCUAGCCGCUGACUCAGGUAGCCCUGUGAUCCUGGUGCUGCUAGACCUGACAGCAGCCUUUGACACCGUGGAUCAUGGGAUCCUGCUGUCUCAGCUGGAACAUCGUGUAGGCAUCAAAGACACGGCCCUGAAUUUCUUUCAGUCCUAUCUGGCUGACAGGACCUUCUCUGUUCAACUUGGAGAUUGCAUCUCUUCUGUUGCCCCCCUCACCUGUGGGGUCCCUCAAGGCUCUAUACUAGGUCCCAUCUUAUUUCUUCUUUACAUCUUACCCUUAGGGGAAAUCCUGGCAAGACACAACAUCUCUUACCAUUGCUUUGCCGAUGACGUCCUGCUGUAUCUCCCCCUAAAGGCCAAUGGGCAGGCUGCGCUCCAUUCACUGCUUGACUGUCUGGCGGACAUCAAGGCAUGGAUGGGUGCAAACUUCCUCAACUUAAACGAGAACAAGACCGAGAUAAUUGUCUUUGGCAAAACCUCUCCGGCAUUCUCCACCGAUGCCCUGGGCCCUCUCGCCUCCAACAUCAGGCCCUCUGUCAGAAAUCUGGGGGUGAUCUUUGACAGUGCCUUCAAGUUCGAGCAGCAGGUCAGUGCAGUGGUUAGGAAAAGCUUUUUCCACCUACGAACCCUAGCCAAGACCAAAGCCUACCUGCCCCGCAGUGCUCUGGAGAGAGUUAUCCAUGCAUUCAUCACUUCACAACUGGACUACUGCAAUGCUCUUUACACCGGCAUUGACCAAUCUCAACUCCGCCGCCUACAGUUAGUGCAGAACUCAGCUGCUCGACUACUCACCUGUACAAAAAAGCGUGAACAUAUCACCCCGGUCCUUGCAUCACUCCACUGGCUACCCAUCCGCUACCGCAUAGACUUCAAACUCCUACUGACUGUAUUUAAAUCCCUCCAUGGUCUGGCCCCCACUUACCUUUCUGAUCUCCUCCAUCACCACAUCCCCUCCAGAGCACUGCGGUCAGCUGACCAGCUGCUUCUGGAAGUGCCCAGGACCAGGUUAAAAACUAAGGGGGACAGAGCAUUUGCAGUUGCAGCCCCUAGUCUCUGGAACUGCCUCCCCUUCCACAUCCGUGCGGCCCAGUCCUACUACGAGCUGCUCCUAUUGGCUGCAGCCCACGGCGACCGCGGGACCUACACCUGCCGCGCCCAGGAGUUCCGCCUCCACAAGGACCGCUGGAGAGCACACACCAACAGCUCCGCCUCCACUGAGCUCAGAGAGACAGAGACUGAGGAAGAGGACCAUGAAUAUACAGACCUGCUAAAGAGAGCGAGGUUACGACAGGAGACAUGGCGCCGGGAUGAACUGGCCCGACUCAAAAUUGAGUUGGAGAGCCAAAGCAGGGUCCAGCAACCUGUCCAGGCAACCCAGGACCCUCCUAAUGACAAGGCAUCUAGAGGGGACAGUGUGGAGAUAGAUGUGGAGAAGGAGAGAGCACUGGAACAGGAGAGAAAGCAGGAGGAGAGAGUGACCCGUCUGAUGGAGAUCAGACGGCAAAAUCUGCAGUGGAGAUUUCAGGCAGAGAAGCUCCGUAAGGAACUGGCUGCUGUUACGGUCCUUGAAAUCAGGACGGGCAUAGUCUUGAUCAGUCAGGGUGUCAAUGGGACCUCCAAUUAUGUCAUCUGGAAGGGCCUUCGUAAUAUCAUCUCCAACCGCAAGGGUGUGAUGACUACCCUGCAUGAGGGACAGGACCUGCUGGUCCCUUUCAGGCCUCAAGUGAUCAGGCAAGAGCACGUCCGCAAUUUCCUCCGAGUAGGAAAUAGGGAUUUUAUGAGCAUCCUCAAGGAUGUGAAUGCAAACAUGGUGCACGUUGAGGAGAAGGGCGUGCCAGCACUCAUCCUAAAGAGGAGCUCCGACCUGAUGUUUGCUCCAGGUGCACAAGAACCUGCAUCCUGCAGCAAUAAGUUCUUGGUGAAGUCGGGAACACCUGACAAAAUUCUCCAGUUCCUGCUCUUCUCAAUGACCCUGAACACUCCAGAUGACCAGAUGGAUCCAUUUGUGUGCAGUUUCCUGCUCACAUAUCAUGUAUUCAUGACAUCUGAAGAGUUAGGUCACACUUCCUUAACGUUUCGUUUCACUCUCAAUUCUGAGCAAUCAGUGGACACUGGGCUGGUGCAGGUCAAAGAGAGAGUAGUGACGCUGGUCCUCCAGUGGGUGGCACUGUAUGGCCUUCUCCUGCUGGACAACCCUGCAGUGGUUCUCUUCUUCGAGAAGCUGUCAAGACAGGUGAAGGGCUAUGCACAUCUCCGCACGCUGAGAGAUUACCCUGAGAUCAGGGCAAUGAGACCCAUUUUGAUGAACAAUGGACAAUGGAUGAAGAAUCAGCCCUCAAAUAGGGACGUCAUGGCAGCCGUGAAAGCCCCAGCAGGAGACAGCUUGCUAGUGAGAGUGCAGUCCUCUGGAGCGAGGGAGCAGCUCAAGCUGGAUGCCAGGGCCGUCUCCUUUCUGAGCAUCGAUGAGAAGCUGUUCCUCUGCUCUGCCAGCCAGGCUGCUGAGCUGGUACAGCUCGGCCGAAAGGCAAACACAAACGCAGUGGAGAACAUGAGUGCCAAGGCCUUGGCAGUCCAGCUCACCAGCUAUGACUGGGAGCUCUUCAAUGCCAUGCAUGAGACGGAGCUACUCUAUUACGUGUUGGGGUCAAAACUAUUCCCCAACAGCCUAACAGCUAACUUGGAGAGCUUCAUACGCCGCUUCAAUGUGGUGGUGUACUGGGUGGCCACAGAACUCUGUCUGUGUGCAGAGCUCUCCAAGCGAGCUCAGCUGAUGAGGAAGUUCAUCCAGAUGGCCUCCAUGUGA